CGCGCCCGCCCCCUGGCGGCCGAGGCGGGCGUCAUGGCGGGCCUGGUGGAUUUCCAGGACGAGGAGCAGGUGAAAACCUACCUGGAGAACAUGGAGAUCGAGUGCCACUACCACUGCUACAAGGAGAACGACCCGGAGGGGUGUCAUCGGCUGGUGGAUUUUUUGGAAGCCAUCAAGAAGAACUUCGACGAAGCUGCCAAAGUGUUAAAGUUCAACUGUGAAGAAAACCAUUAUACCGAUAGCUGCUAUAAACUCGGAAUGUAUUAUGUGACAGGAAAAGGUGGAUUAACCCCCAAUUUGAAAACCGCUUACGACUGCUUCCUGAAAGCCUGUGAGAAACCAGGCAAGAAAUCGAUCAACGGUUGCCACAACGUCGGACUCCUCAUCCACGAAGGACACGUCAACGACGACCGGCCGGACCCCGCGCGGGCCAGGGACUACUACACGAAGGCCUGCGAUGGCAGCUAUGCCCCCAGUUGCUUCAAUCUUAGCACUCUCUAUCUCCAGGGGGCCCCGGGGGUCCCCAAGGACAUGAACAUGGCUUUGAAGUACUCGCUCAGAGCCUGCGACUUGGGCCACGUUUGGGCCUGUGCCAAUGCCAGUCGAAUGUACAAACUGGGCGACGGCAUCGAGAAGGAUGACGCCAAGGCGGAGGCCCUCAAAAAUCGGGCCCGGCAACUGCACCAGGAACAGCACAAGAGCGUACAGUCUUUAACUUUUGGGGAGUGAGAUGGCUUUGAUCAACAGGCUUCCCUUUCCAGCGAUGGAACCCAACCGGCUCAGCGGGACACAGGGCCCCGUUGGAGGCAGAAUGACUUUUUCACCGGCCUUCUUACCACCCCGUGGGGCUGGACUGUCGAAUCCAGGGUCCGAGCCUGACCGAAACGGGAGAGAAGCGGGGGACCUAGAAUCAAUCCUUGAUGCCGUUGGUGCUGCUCAAAAGCUGUUUGAGGGUGGCUGGGGCUGGGCCGGUGAGGGCAAUAAAACUUCUUUUAUCUCUCCUU